AUGAAAGUGUUUCACUAUCAGGACUUAACGGCUGUACCGGAUAUUGAUCGUGAUCUGGAUCUAUUUCGAUGUGAAAGUCGCGCCUACGCCCGGUUGAAAGGACAUGGUCUUUGUGAAAAAGGACAUAUCCCGGACUUCUAUGGAGUCAUCAAGGAUAUCGAUCCUCAAUCCUGGGGGUGGGAGCAGCACUUUGAGUGCUUUAUCGAAGAUUUGAAACGUCCGAACGCAAUUCUGAUUGAAUACAUCCCCAACAUUCGAAUGAUCGACUUGUCCAAUUUUUCAGAAGAACGAGUGCAAAAGCUUCGUGACAUUCUGACCGAAAUUCACAACGCGUCAGUAUAUCAUGCAGACCAUUAUCCUCGCAAUAUGAUGGUACAGAACGACUCAAAUAGAGUUCUCUGGAUUGAUUUUGACCGAGCUCAAACAUUUAACCCGGACUCUAUUACCUCUGAGCAACAGGAGUGGAUGGAAUUCGAGGGCUUGUACAUUGAUGAAUAUGUUUGCGAAAUGGCGAAAGACUACAAAGAUGGAAAGAUUGAUCGAACUUGGCUUUGCUACCAUGGCAUUUCCUUUGGAAAUCCGGAUCUCCUGAUUCAUCCGCGGUGGAAACGUACUACGACCGGUCCUCGGGGCCGCUUGAUGAUGGACGGUGCCAGGCGCCCGGACCGGCAGUAUCAGCGCACCUACAAGGCAUGUAUCCCUUGCCGGCAACGCAAGGCAAAGUGCGACUUGGGAUCCGGUUCAGACGGCUUACCGAUCGGUCCGCCAUGUGCGCGGUGUCGGAGGGAGCUGAGGGAUUGUGUGUUUCCUGAGAAACGGGCGUGGGAGAGGUCCCGCAAACGAGCCCAUUCUCCAGAUGAUUUAGAGAGUAGUGUGUCGCCGCGAAAUGUUCGGCAAGCGACACCAGGGGUUACGCCAGAAAGCCUUAAUCAUGUUACGCCGACUCACGAGCCGAGCCCGCAGCUACGCCAUGGAUCCGAAGCAAACACUCAUCGGUCGAUUCCACCACGGGAAAGUUCCAGUAAUGGUUUUCCUAAUCCAAGUCCGGGCUCUGUCCAGCCAGACUGGUCAGUCCCCAGACAGAGGUCUAGUCUGGCAGAAGACAACUCCCACGUUGAGGAGUCGCCGCAGGUAUACCAGAAUGAACGGCAACGAUCGAACUCCACACUGGCCAACUCCAUGAUGCGAACUGUUGUGGCUAGCGGGAACGAUGCGCUUAAUAUUCUAUUCGAGGCAGCAACUGCCCAUAGCCAAGAAGACCACCCAGCUGACGAAAGUCCUGGAGUCAGAACAACAACAUCAUCAGGCCCAAAUUCCAAAGCUCGAAACACGCCUAGGAACCAUGACAUCCCCGCUGUGUUUGAACCGACUCCCUGUGUUGUACGUCCUGUGGAGAUAUCAAAUGCCCCCCGCGAGACCCUCAACGUUUGGGAGGCUUGUCGGUUUGUCAAGAUGGGUUGGUUUACCGCCAGAGAGGCUGUCACAUUUAUCGAUCAGUUUUUUAAAAACAUGUCGUGUUUAUCCCCCAUCCUCACUGACUUCUAUGCAAAUCAUCACAACCAUUAUUGGCUCAUCACUCGAGAACCAGUGCUUUGUUGCACAAUCCUCAUGAUCUCUUCUCGCUAUCAUGUUCUGCCGGGGGCAGGGGGCGAGUCAAGAAACUUCUUCAUCCACCACCGGCUCUGGCAACACUGCCAGCAGUUGACAAUGCGGCUGAUAUUCGGACAAGAAAAGUCUACCAAGUCAAAGGUUCGCGGUCUUGGUACCGUGGAAGCACUCUUGUUGAUGUCGGAGUGGCACCCUCGCGCAUUACAUUUUCCACCCGAAACAGACGGUUGGGAUGACGAUCUGAUCCCCACAGCACCCAAGCCCUCAGAGGAUAGCCAUGCGAGCGGGGGGAUGUCCUGGAUGCUACUUGGGUGUGCCCUCUCUCUCGCUCAUGAACUGGGAAUAUUCGAGACAGAGAUCGCUUAUCCAGAAAAAGAGCAAGAAUGGACAGAUCAGAUGAUUCUUCGCAGGCAACGCGUUCAGCGUCUCCUGUACGUAUAUAUCAACCAGCUAGCAUGGCGGAUCGGUUGCAUGUCGCCCAUCCCGCAGUCCUUGAACCACGCGGUGCUGGGGGCCCGAAAGCCUCGAGGGCUCAGCCCACUGGGGAGCACAUGGUUGACCUUUAUGGACUCGUGGAUUGAGCUGACCAAGCUGGCCAAGUCUGUCACUGACAUGGUCUUCCCGUCCGCGGCAUUCGCACGGCAACAACUGCAUAGCGGCCGAUACGUUGGUCUCCUGGAACAUUUUCGGCCCCUACUCAACCAGUGGAAAGAUAAGUAUCUCCAGCCGCAGGUACUCGACAAGGCAUUCUACAACGACCUAUUUAUCGAGUAUCACUUUGUCCGCGUGUACACCCAUUCAGUGGGGAUGCAGGCUGUGGUAGAACGCGCUGUGGUAGAGAAUGACUCAAACAACUUCGACGAGGUGCGGCCCAUGACCAUCGACCCAACGGAUUACGAAUAUAUCCAGGAGGUAAUCGACGGCUGCUGCCAGAUCCUGCAAAAAGUCACUCACCUGGCCGAGGCUGGGGCGCUGCGGUUUUCGCCCGUCCGCAUCGUCCUCCGCAUCACCAGUGCCUCGAUCUUCCUGAUGAAAGCGCUCAGCCUAGGCACCCGGCAAGCCAAGCUCGAGGAAUCGCUGGAGGUGCUCGAGAAAAGUAUCAAAGCACUCAAAUCAAACGCCUUGGAUGAUGUGCAUUUGAGCACUCGCUAUGCCACCCUGCUGGACAUGCAUGUGUCGCGCUUGCGACACAACCUGCUGGCAUCAUCGAAAACGAUCAAGAAUAGUAGAGGGACCACAAGAAGGUCAUCCAUGGGUCCUCCGCCUUGGCCAGAGAAUGGCGAACGCGCGAAUAUGGCCAACGGCCCCGUGUCACAGGAUCUUCCGUCGGGGCUGGGCUUUAUUCCAUCUUUGCACGACGUUGCAGCAGACGACUGGCUUUCGCUGCCAUUUGAUCCGUCGAUGGCACCAUUCGGCAUGAGCAACGGAGGUCAAUUUCCGAUUUAUGAAGGAGGCGCGUUGGAUUUCAUCUGGAAUCUGCCGUCAUGA